AUGGCCAUAGGCGAGCAGGCCAGCUUCUGGCCAACUGAGGGCCUGCUCUUCAAAGAGGGCUCCAAGCGUUACUGCACCGUCAUAUCGCCCAUCCAUUGGCAGCUCCGGUCUUUGAUCAGCGCCGAGCGCCAGGACGUCAUCUACUUUCCCACCGGCAUCAACAACACCCAUAUCACACGCCUCAACACCACCACGCGCGAAUACGAAACCAUUAAAGUCCUCAGCUUCCACCCUAGGUGUCUGGUGGCCAGGGGCGGCUGGGUUUGCUGCGGUGGCGAGAAUGGAGAGUUUACUAUCAUCCGCGACACCGGCCAGAGCAACGACACAUCCGCUGCCGAUGCGAUCAACAACGAAAUCCGCUCAAACCUUAACUCAUUUGAGGCCUCCAACAUGGCCGAGGCUUCCAUGACCCAACUACACCGGGACAUGCUCAAUAUUGUGGAACGAAUCAACGGUUCAAAUAAGCCUUGGUCCGCUUCCAACCACAAGAUUGGCAGCGAGCGAGUCAACUGCAUCACCAUUUGGCAACCCGCGAAACUCCCUUUCGAUGCGCCCAGGACCAACCAGUAUGCCUUCCCGGUCGGCGUCCUCGCCAAUAACGAUAAGACUGUGACCAUCGUGAACCUGGACGAUGGCGAGCCUGUCGACGAGCUGGAGUACCCCGACUGCGUUAACCGCGGUGUUAUUUCUCCCGAUGGAACUCUCCUGGUUGCCAUCUGCGACGAUCCUUUCCUCUAUGUACACGUGCAAUGCUCACUCGCCACGGGGAAGCGAGGAGAGUACUGGGAUUGGCUACCCUUGCCAAGAAUACGACUCAGAGGCCAGUGGAACCGAGAUACUUCAGAUUGCCGAGGGAGCUUCGCCGCCUGCUUUUCUCCUUCUGGAAGGUACUUGGCUGUUGGGACACAGUACGGCACUAUAUCUAUAUUUGACGUGCCUGCUCUUGCGAAUCCCAAUGCCGAUCCCUUGGUCACUUAUUUCAACUCUGCACGAUCCCCUGGUGACGACGGUGCUGUCAGGGACAUGGCUUUUUCGCCGGGCCCGUACGACCUUCUGGCCUGGACCGAGCACCGAGGACAUAUCGGUAUUGCAGACGCACGAUCCGGCUUUAUAAAGCGACAGAUCAUCAAGAUAGAUGACCACGAUGGCUACGACCACGUAACCAUUGCUGAUCGGAGUACCAUCGAUCCACGUCUGCUGGAUCCCCGCAGCGAGCGUAACAACGCGAGCAGCUCGUCUUCCUUGCCCAGCCUCUUGAGUCAGUCAACGUCGGGCCGGCCGCUCCCGAACCCUGAAAGUUCGGAGACGUCGAGAGUGAAUCUCCCCUUCACCGCCGAGGAGACUGCAAUACUGGAAGCCGUACAAAGCGAUCGUCGACGUCGAGAGGCCCGGGAGCAGAGAGAGCGUGAGCAACAGCAGGCCGCUAGAGGAAGUGCAUGGAGAUCAUCAGUUUGGGCCGAUCGUCGUGAUACGCUGACACGGAUUCUCGAGCGCGAACGGGCUCGGGAGAACCGUGAUCACCAUCGCUCGGCAACUACUCAGACGCCUCCCGAACAGGACCGCGAGAGGCGGGCUCCCACGCCGCGGAGAAGAAGCUCAAUAAUGCAGGCAUUAACGCAGACCGUUGCAUCACAAGGCGCGGGCGGUAAUAAUGAGAGUUCCAGCACCUCGCGAGGCUCAUCUUCGCCGUGGCUGGCGGGUCGGCUCACGUCCGGAUGGGCUGAUCUGGAGGCAUUGUACAACAUGGGUGGUGGGGACGGGGGUGGGACUGGGACUGGGACUGGGACUGGGGCACACGACGCACCUCGUACCGAGUCCAGCCGGGUUCGCCGUGCUAUACCGGUAAUCAGUGACGUCUGGAGCGACGACAUAUCCGGGUUCCGUCGAACGUACGGGCGAGCAAAUAGUCGCGAGCAUCAGCAACACUCCGACGACACUGCUGGCCUGACUUGGAGCGAGGACGGGCGGACACUGUACGUUGGCGCCGAAGAUGGUAUAUACGAGUUUCACGUCAACCAACAAGAUAGGAAAAUCUUCUCGGACCUCACCCUUCGUUGA